AUGAAUUUAAAGUAUUCGCUAUUUUCUUUACUUCCCUCACGCAAACUUUCUUUCAUUCAUAUUUAUUUGCCUAUAUCUAUCUAUCUAUCUAUCUAUCUAUCUAUCUAUCUCUCUCUUUUCUCUAUUGCAGGAAACUCCAUUUGUGUGUAUGUGAAGCUAAUAUCUCCCUCUUCUGCAUAUUCUACCUCCUCCUCCGUAUUGGCUGGUAUAACCUCCCCGCUACUUUCUUUUCCUUUUGAAGUCUUAUUGCUCGAUUUCUUCACCUUUCCUCCUUCCUUAAGGGUAGUUUUUUUCCAGAUUUUUAACGAUGGAAGUGCUGAUUAUGAGGAUUAUUUGCGCUUCAUUAUUUUUAAGCCAAUCCCUACCUAUGUCAUGGAUCUACACAAUGUGGGUGUCGCAUUCAUUUGCUGCACCCUGACUGCCCCUCCUCCUCCUACCUCUACAGGAAGGCGUCUUCAUCCAUAA